AUGGGUAACUGGCGCUACCUUGUCGACAACUGUGCCAAGGAGGUUCUGAGCUCUACCCCGCCCUCCACAAGGAACCACGGGCCAGGCAGCCCAAGAUGCUGGCCAAGCCCAGAGACCAGGGAUGGCUGCAUCAGCAAGGAGGAGAUGGUCUCCUACUUUCUGCGCUCCAGCUCUGUGCUGGGUGGCCGCAUGGGCUUCGUACACAACUUCCACGAGAGCAACUCCUUGCGCCCGGUCGCCUGCCGCCACUGCAAGGCCUUGAUCCUGGGCAUCUACAAGCAGGGCCUCAAAUGCCGAGCCUGUGGUGUUAACUGCCACAAGCAGUGCAAGGAUCGCCUGUCGGUUGAGUGCCGGCGCCGGGCCCAGAGUGUGAGUCUGGAGGGGUCCGCACCCUCACCCUCACCCACACAUACCCACCAUCGCGCCUUCAGCUUCUCCCUGCCCCGCCCUGGCAGGCGAGGCUCCCGGCCUCCAGAGAUCCGAGAGGAGGAGGUUCAGACAGUGGAGGACGGCGUGUUUGACAUCCACUUGUAAUUGAUGCUGUGACUGGAUCAAGCACUCAUGCCUGCUUUGGAGAAAAGACUUGGACCAGAGCAGGGAGCCUGGGGUGCUGCGGCAGCAGGCCGGGGCCGGGGGAGGGGGGUGUGUGGCAUGCGGCUGAGGGCAGGGCCAGGGCUGGUGUCCCUAAGGUUGUACAGAGUCUUGUGAAUAUUUGUAUUUUCCAGAUGGAAUAAAGGCCCAAGUA